CACAAAUAUAUACAUAUAUAUAUAUAAAUAAAAAAAACCUCAGCAAAGCGCGCGCAUUUACAUUAAAUGCUAAAGUUAAUUAAAUCAAAAGCAAUUUGUGGGGCAAACGUGUACAGCGGUUAAGCAUAGCAAUAUUUCCAUAGACAUUUGUAGUGCAAUAUAAAGUGGCAGUUCUCCUUAGUGGCAAGCGGACGGACAGCAGACAUCAGACAACGACAACAGACAAAAAGACUCACACCGACGCUCACACACGCGCGCACUCGCUCUCGCUGUGCAUGUGUGUGUGUGCGUGUGUGUAUUAGCAAAACGAGUGCAAUUGAUUUUCGUAUAUUACUCGCUACUCGGCAACACUUUUUGGCACUCGCACUCGAACUUGGACUCGGCAUCAGACUCCGAUUCCGACUCCGACUCGGACUCGUUUUGGACUUGUUUUUCGUUCACUCGCUCACGCGCUUGCUGCGCUUGCUUACCAAUUCGGAACUCGCGAACUGUCACUCAAGUGAUUCGUGUGGUUCAUAAACAAACUCAAUUCUGAAAAACUCAAAACAAAAGGAGAAAAACGAGUGGAGGAAGAAAAAAAUAACAUAAACAAACCAUAAAAAAAGAAGAUAUUUGCGAGUGAGCAAGGAUGUCGGCAACCGGAGAUGCUGGUGCCGGUGCCGCCAAUGCCAGCAACAAUGUCACCGUCGUCCAGGCGACGGUCAACGUCAGCGGCGAUGGCAGCCCCACCAACAACAACAACAACAUCAACAACAAUACAAAUGGCAAUAGCAACUCAAACAAUAAUGGCUCAACGGCAGGCAGCUCAAAGGGCCAACUGCCGCUAACGCCACGCUUCACCGCCGAAGAGAAGGAGGUGCUCUACACACUGUUCCAUUUGCACGAGGAGGUGAUAGACAUCAAGCAUAGAAAGAAGCAACGCAACAAGUACUCCGUGCGCGACACCUGGGACAAGAUUGUGCGUGACUUCAACUCACAUCCACAUGUGAACGCCAUGCGCAACAUUAAGCAGAUACAAAAGUUCUGGCUCAAUUCGCGCCUGCGCAAACAGUAUCCUUAUAGGGAUGGCAGCGGGUCUGGCGGCAGCUCGGCUAUGGGCAAAGUGGGCUCCGUCUCUGCAAAUGCUCAGCAGCAGCAACAACAACAGCAGCAGCAACAGCAGCAGCAGCAUCACGAUAACGUCAAGGUAGAGCCGGAAUAUCAAAUCAGUCCGGAUGCCUCCGAGCACAACCCGCAGGGCGAUACCUUCGACGAAAUAGAAAUGGAUGGCAACGAUGUUAGCGAAAUGGAGGACGAUCCGCUCGAUGCACAGCAACAGCAGCAACAGCAACAGCAGCAGCAGCAGCAGGCGGCGCAGGCCCAGGUGGAGCAGCAGCAAUCAGCUGUCGCUGAGAUGCAGAAGCUGCAGGUGAGCGCCGCAGUUGCUGCUGCAAAUGCGAGCAUGUUGAACACGCAUCGCAUCAACGUUGACUCAAUAAGUGCCGAAAAGCUAACGCUGACCGAUCUGCUGCACUUUAAGCCGGCGCGACCCCGCGAAGAGAUAAUACUUCAAAUCAAGCAUCCCGCAGAUGCGACAGCCACACAGAUACACACGAUACCCACGCAGCCGCAGCAGCAUACGAUGGCCACCAUCACAGCCGGCGGCUACAACCAGCAGAUCAUCAGCGAGAUAAAGCCGCAGCAGAUAACGCUCGCCCAGUAUCAGGCGCAGCAGCAACAGCAAGCGCACGCACAAGCCCAGGCUCAAGCUCAGGCGCAAGCUCAGGCCCAAGCGCAAGCCCAGGCACAAGCGCAGGCGCAGGCGCAGGCACAGCAGUUGGCGCAGCAGCAGCUAGCGGCACAGCAGCAACAGUUGGCGGUGGCGGCGGCAGCGGCGCACCAUCAACAGCAACAGCAGCAGGCAGCAGCAGCUGUGGUUCAGCAGCAGGUGGCUGCAGCAGCAGCUGCUGUUAAGAUGCAACUAACCGGCGGCACGCCCACCUUCACAUUCAGCGCCCUGCCCAACGUAACGGCGGCCACCUCGGUGCCCGUGACUGUGCCGGUGUCAGCAACUGCAGCGUCCGUAGCAAAUGUUAGCGCAAGCGGCGUGGCAGCGGCAGCAGCAGUCACGCAGCAGCAGCAGCAGUUGCAGCAGCAACAGCAACAACAGCAGCAGCAGCAACAACAGUUGCAGCAACAGUCAGGCGACAGCUACGAGGAGCGCAUCAAUUACUUCAAAGUGAAGGAGGCAGAGCUGCGCUGCAAGGAGCAGCAACUGGCCACCGAGGCGAAGAAGAUCGAGGUGAACAAGGCGCAGGAUGAGCUCAAGUACAUGCGCGAGGUGCAUCGACUGCGCGUCGAGGAGCUCAAAAUGAAGAUACGCAUACUGGAAAAGGAGGAGGAGCAGCUGCGCAAGUGCAGCAGCACAUGAGAUCUGGAGGACAUUAGCGAUGCAGAGGCAGAACCGGAGACAGAG